ACGACGGCGCAGCCGCCGACUCUCCAAUGCGUAUAGACACGCCGAGCGGACGGCUUGCGCGGCCACUUGCUGUCCAGCUGACGUGUAUUUUCGUAUUUGUGAAGUUAUAUUUUUAGCUGAAAGUGAAGUGAAAAUUAGUAAAAAUGGUGCAGAAUGAAACAAAAGACGCCGAAAAUCAGAAGACGGGCCAAGACCCGCUGGAACGAGCUAUCGGCGCCAUUGGCAAGUGGCAGAUAUGGGUCUGCUUCGUCGUGUUCCUCGUAAAGUUCCCUGUGGCCUGGCACCAGAUGAGCAUCAUCUUCCUCGCACCCCCGAUGAACUUCACCUGCGCAGAAGAAUCCACCACUUUUGACAGCGUCUGCCACGCCAACUGCACCAACUACAAAUACGACCACUCUGUCUUCAGAGAGACCAUCGUCUCACAGUGGGAUCUAGUCUGCGGACGACAGUGGCUAAAAGAUCUUACGCAAACCUUCUUCAUGCUCGGCAUCCUUGUUGGCAACAUGGUCUUCGGCCAUCUAUCCGAUCGGUUCGGUCGACGAAUGCCCUUCCUAGCAGCAGUGUUCCUGCAGUUGAUAUCAGGCGUGGCGACCGCGUAUUCGAUGAACUGGUAUAUGUUCACUGCACUUCGAUUCAUGCUCGCCGUGGCCACUGGCGGCACCAUGGUCACCAGUUUCGUCCUGACCAUGGAACUCAUCGGUGCCACAUACAGAGACACCGUGGGAAUCAUUUACCAGAUACCCUUCAACCUCGGGCACCUGUCGCUGGCGGCGUUCGGCUACUACCUUAGAGAUUGGAAUAAAUUUCAACUGGCUAUCUCGUUGCCUUCGAUCAUAUUCCUGAGCUAUUAUUAUUUGUUACCUGAGUCGCCGAGAUGGCUUAUCACUGCUGGAAGGACCGAUGAAGCCGUCAAGAUUAUGACAGUCGCUGCUAAGAGAAACGGUCGCCCAACAGAGAACAUCUUUUCAACCACCCAGAAGCUGAGCGUGGACGUGACCAAGCCCGAGCACGUGUCGUUCCUGGCGUUGUUCGCACAACCGCGCUUGCGCGUGCGCACGCUGGCCAUCUGCUUCAACUGGUUCGUGUGCGGGCUGUGCUUCUUCGGCGUGUCGCAGUACAUCGGACAUGUUGGCGGGAACAUCUUCACUAAUGUCGCUAUUUCUGCUGCUAUACAGGUCCCAGGCACUUUGAUCUCUAUCUACGCGAACAGAGUUCUCGGGCGGAAGAUAACGCUUAUCAGUUCCAACUGUGUCACAGGGCUAAGCUGCCUACUCAUCACCGUAGUCCCACACUCAGGGGCGCCCCGCUUGGCGCUCGGCUGCAUCGGUCUCUGGGGCAUGAGCAUAUCAUUCUCCACUGUGUACUUGUACGCUGGAGAAAUAUUCCCCACAGUCGUCAGAAACUCCGGGGUAGGGUUGUCUUCGACUGUAGCCAGAGUAGGUUCCAUGAUCGCUCCAUUUGUAGCGACCCUGUCUUCAACCAGCCCGUGGUUGCCGCCUCUAGUUUUCGGUAUCACGCCGCUAAUUGGCGCUGGACUUUGCAUACUUUUACCUGAUACGAGGGGACGAAAAUUGCCUGACACGAUAGAAGAAGGUGAAGCGUGAGAACUAUAAUAAUUUAGUGUCGGUGAGUAUUCUAUUCAUUCGUGCCUUUUAUUUAUUAUGAUAAUAUAAUUUUUGCAAAUCGUAUAGUGACACUCUCAUAAAUAAGAGGCUUACUUAUAUUGAUUUUUAUACGAAAAAAUAAUACAAGGUUGUAUUAAUUAAGAAGUUGUGAAAUGGCGCGCUGAUAAGUUGAUAGCAGCUGACUUGCACAUGCAAAUGGAAGCAUUUUUGACAUUUAUAUGUUUAAGUCCCGUAAAAUGGGGUGAGUAGGGUUCGCGGAGAGAGUUGGAUUAUGAAUGGGGAGAGAAGGUUUGAAAGGGGGAUGAGAUGAGUUUUUAGGGCUACUGCUACAAAAAAAAAUGUAUUCCAAUUUAAAAUGGAGCUAUAGUAAUACUCAUAAUAAAAAAAAUCGAUCCAACAAUGUUCCAAAAUCACCUUUGUAUGAAAACCCAUCUCACCCCAAUUACGAGGGACUACGGGGUGAGGUGGUUUUUCCUAUUCAUCGUCAAAGUUAUGAAAUGGAACUACCCAAAACAAAAUAAAAACUAAAACACAAACGUCCGGAACACUUAUUAUAUACACCAUUCAGUUUGCAUAUGUAAAAAUAUAAUGUUAUCGAGGUUUGAAUGUCAGUUUUGCUCCUACUCACCCCAUUUUACGGUACUGACAGUAGUCUAUUACAAGAUGAUUACAAGACUAAAGGUCUAUUCUUUCAUAGGCUGUGAUAAUUUGUGAAAAUAUGUGUACUACGUAAAUGAUUAAUAGGAAAUAAAAAAGAAAAUGUUCAUUUUAUUA